ACUGUCACCCCCUUCCUGCCUACCGGACACUGUCACCCCCUUCCUGCUUACCGGGCACUUCUACCCCCUUCCUGCCUACCGGGCACUGUCACCCCCUCCCUGCCUACCGGACACUUCUACCCCCUUCCUGCCUACAGGACACUGUCACCCCCUCCCUGCCUACCGGGCACUGUCACCCCCUUCCUGCCUACCGGACACUGUCACCCCCUUCCUGCUUACCGGGCACUUCUACCCCCUUCCUGCCUACCGGGCACUGGCACUUCUACCCCCUUCCUGCCUACCGGGCACUUCUACCCCCUUCCUGCCUACCGGGCACUUCUACCCCCUUCCUGCCUACCGGGCACUUCUACCCCCUUCCUGCCUACCGGGCACUUCUACCCCCUUCCUGCCUACCGGGCACUUCCACCC